AUGCCAAUGUCUCUGCUCUUCGUCUGUGUCAUGGAACGUGAACCGACGACUGUCGCACAAGUUUUAAAGGAUAAAAUUUGGCGUGGCUCCAUGUCCGAAGAAUACGACGCACAAGUGGGACAUCGCACUUGGGAUUUCGUCCCUCCUAAUCCGUCCCAAAACGUCAUUAGUUGCCGCUGGAUAUUCAAGCUCAAGUUCCUCCGCAAUGGUACGGUUAAUCGCCAUAAGUCUCGUUUGGUCGCUAAAGGUUACAAUCAGGAAGAUUGGCCAAUUCUUCAGUUAGAUGUCAACAAUGCAUUUCUCCAAGGAACUCUCAAUGAAGAAGUGUAUAUGCAGCAACCGCCGGGCUUUGUGGAUAAAGAUCGUCCCGAUUACGUCUGCAAACUCAACAAGGCAAUCUACGGACUGAAACAGGCUCCUUGUGCCUGGUACUUGGAACUUAAAGAGUAUCUUCUUGUCUCUGGUUUUGCUAACUCUCUUGCUGAUGCUUCUUUGUUCAUCUAUCGUCACAGACGCAGCUUUCUCUAUGUCUUAAUCUAUGUAGACGAUAUCAUUGUCACUGGAACCGACUCUGCUCUCAUUCAUCAGUUUGUCACAGCUCUCGCAAAUCGAUUCUCCAUCAAAGAUCCAACAGAGCUCAGCUACUUUCUUGGAGUUGAAGCUACACGUACAGCGAAGGGUCUUCACCUUAUGUAA